GAUACAAAUUCAUGCGUGUUACUAUUCAUUUGAAUCGUCGACACUUGGCAGUGUCUUUCUAAAGCCUCAAAAAGAGCUCAAGUAGGUUUCUUGGAAGCCACUCUUGAAGACUACUGCGACCUUUUAUAUAUAUCCACACACAAACGACACUUCUUACAUAAACUCCAUCACAUUGAAGCCACCACUUGAAGGUUUCAUUUUCAUAAAUUCUCAAAAUUCCCUCAGCUUCUUUGCAUAUUCUUCCUUGGCUGAGUUUCUUUUAUUUUACUUUUCUCUCCAAGUACACCCAGUUUGUGUCAUAGUGGCUUCAACAAAUAAAAACACACUUCUAGUUGUUUCUCUAUUACACUGAUCUUGAAGCAUGGCAGGGAAAACCAAGAACAAAGUGGAGGUUCAAUUGGGUUGCGGUUUGGUGGGGAGAAUUUUCCAUCUCAAAACCAAUAAUAGGCCUAGAAAAUCCUCUGUUCAUUCACUACCCCUGAAGCCUUGCAACACUGCACAACAGAGGGAUCAGGGCAAAAACGAAUCCAAAGCCCCUCCAAACCAUGAACCAAAAGAUAGCUCCAUUGAAACCAUUCCUACACUGAAAGGGGAGCAGAAUCCAGCAAGAAAGAGUAGACAACAACAGAAAGAUCACCCUGUUGUUAACUCUCUGGAACUUGCCAGGAUAAGUACUAGUACCAGUCAUCAUCAAAACUACGGGACGAAAUCCCCGGCCAAAGAAUUUGUGUUACCAAUCACUGGGAAUUUGCUUGUGAAUAGCAGCCCAAGAACUAGUGUCACAAAGAGCAAAGAGUUGAACUCUUUGUCCGGUUCCUGUUCUUACAACAGUAAUAGUACUAACAAAGGCAUGAUGGGGAACAUCAUGAGGAAGAACAGCGAUGAGCUUGGGCAAUUUCGGAGUCUGAGGAACAGCAGAGUGGACCCUGAGGUGUUGAAGUCCAUGGGGAAUGAAGCGUACAAGCAGGGAAGAUUUGAAGAGGCUUUGGCUUUGUAUGACCGAGCCAUUGCUGUUGACUCCAAGAAAGCAACAUAUCAUUGCAACAAGAGCGCGGCUUUGAUAAGCUUGGGAAGGUUUCUGCAGGCAAUUGUUGAGUGUGAGGAAGCUAUCAGGUUGGAGCCUUCGUAUGGCAGAGCCCACACCCGUUUAGCAACAAUUUAUUUCAGAUUGGGAGAGGCUGAAAAGGCACUGAAUUGCAAUGAAACAAGCCCAUGUGUUGAUUCCGUACUUGCUUUCCAAGCUCAGGCUCUUCAAAAUCACCUUAGCAAAUGCACUGAAGCUCGGAAAGUCAAAGAUUGGAAAGUUAUAUUAAAGGAAUCACAGGCUGCAAUAUCCUUGGGUGCUGAUUCAGCUCCACUGGUCUAUUGUUUACAUACUGAAGCCUUGCUGAAGCUCCUAAGACAUCAAGAGGCACACGCUACCUACGAGAAAAUGCCAAAAUUUGACCUUGAUUAUUCUAACAAAUUAUUUGGCCCGGUUCGUAGUGCUUACCUAUUGAUGAUAGGCACACACAUUUACUUGGCAACCGGCAGGUUUGAGGAUGCAGUGAUAGCAUCUCAGCAAGCAUCUAAGUUAGAUCCAAGUAGCUUUGAGGUGAAUGCAGUGGUAAGGAGGGCCAGAGCAGUGGCAUCAGCCAGAAUGAGUGGUAACUUACUCUUCAAGGCAUCAAAAUUCACGGAAGCAUAUGCUGUAUACAAUGAAGGACUAGAGCAUGAUCCAUACAACUCAGUUCUGCUAUGCAAUAGAGCAGCAUGUCGUUCUAAGCUAGGUCAAUUCGAGAAAGCAAUUGAAGAUUGUAAUGUGGCACUUAUAGUUCAGCCAAGUUAUAGCAAGGCAAGGUUGAGGAGGGCAGAUUGCAAUGCCAAGUUGGAAAGAUGGGAAGCUGCGAUUCAAGAUUAUGAAAUGCUGUUAAGAGAAAAGCCAGGAGAUGAGGAGGUGGCCAGGGCCCUGUUUGAGACCCAGCUCCAACUCAAGACGUUGCGUGGUGAAGAUAUUAAGGACUUGAAAUUUGGCUCAAAUUUGUUUUUCAUCUCAAGCAAUGAUCGGUUUAGACAUUAUGUAACAUCACCUGGGAUGUCUGUGGUGCUUUUCUGUAACAAGGCAACCCACAAACAAGUGUUAUUGGUGUUGGAGCAAACCUGCAAGAGAUUUCCAUCAGUUAAUUUUCUUAAGGUUGAGAUUGAAGACCACCCUUACUUGGCAAAAUCAGAAGGUGUGAACUGCAUCCCAGCUUUUAAAAUAUACAAGAAUGGAUCAAGGGUUAAAGAAAUUCCAGGCAGCAACCACGACUUGUUGGAAAAAUUAGUUAAAUUAUAUAGCAACUGAUGGUGAUCGCACUUCUUCGAAUCACAACAUAUGGCGCAAGAAAUGAUGAAGAUUAGAUUUUUCAGAAUGGAAAUGAAGAUGCCCAAAAUAAAUCAAGCUGAUUAUAUUUCCUUCAUAAAUUUAGUCACCUGAAUUACAAGGCAGAGGAAACCAAAGACGAAGCAUACCAUUGUUAAAACCUGUAGAAAAAUGUAUAGAAAAGUGAUUCUUUGUGUUAGUAAUUGAUUUUUUUUGAUACUUUGGAUGUUUGAGCAGUCUUUAAUUCUUCAUAUUCAGUGCAUAUUGGUUUGGAAAAACCUAAACUUUUUUUUUUUGGUUGAUAAGUUAUAUAUUCUUUACAGGAGUGAUUAUUUAGGCUGUCAUUCUAAGUUAUGAGCAAUAUAGUCAAAGAAACACGAUUGUUUUA